AUGAUUUUUUCCUUCACCUCCUUUGAAGCAAAAGUGGAUGGAUCAGUAAAUCAAGGUUCUGGCCUUUACUGUUUUAGAGUUGGGGGGAGAGUUCAUCAUUUAAUUGGCAGUCUUCUGCCUGCUGAUAGUCAGUCUCCAAAAUUUGCUCAACUUUAUAUUUACGACACUGAGCAUGAAGUGAACAACAGACUUGGUUGUCUAAGUUCCACCAGUACUGAAGAUAUGCUUGAUCAUGAAAUUAUCCGAUUAUUGAAGGAGAUGUUCGAUAAGCACAACAGGCACAACAGUAUAGCUCAGUCUUUCAGGUACGCUAGAGACCGUUAUAAGGAAGAUGACUUUAAUGGUGUAAAGUUGAGACUUAUUCGAAGGUGUGGUAGUGAUGGAAGAGUUUAUAAUCUUCCGACAGCAUCCGAAGUGGCAGCUUUGAUUGUUGGAGAUAUAGACAGUGCUAUGGGCGAUAGGGAUAUCAUUAUUGAAACACAAGAUAGAAGUCAUCUGAGAGCUGAGUUGUACAAAAAUAUAAAACAUUCAUUAGAUAGCGGUGAAGAUGCAGCACUGAGCACUGGAAAACGUAUCAUUAUACCUUCUUCAUUCACAGGCGGACCUAGAUAUAUGGCUGAAAAUUGUAAAGAUGCUUUCGCAAUUUGCCGUUGGGCUGGAUAUCCUCAUCUUUUUAUAACAAUUACGUGCAAUCCUAAGUGGCCAGAAAUUACACGAUUUGUUAGGGCCAGACAGCUGAACCCUGAAGAUCGGCCUGAUAUUCUAUGCAGAGUCUUCAAGUUCAAAUUGGACCAGUUGCUACAUGAUUUAAAAAAGGAAAAUAUUCUUGGCAGAGUCAUUGCAUAUGUUUGUACAAUCGAAUUCCAAAAGCGCGGACUACCUCAUGCUCAUAUUCUUCUAUUCUUGAACCCUUCAAGCAAAGCUGAAAGUGCUCUUGAUAUUGAUAAAUUGAUUUCAGCGGAGAUACCUGACAAGGAAAUGAAUCCUACGCUGUUUAUGGCUGUCACGAGUUACAUGAUACAUGGUCCAUGUGGUCCUGAAAAUUACAAAUCUCCUUGCAUGAAGGACGGACGGUGUUCAAAAAAAUUUCCAAAUAACUUCUGCUCCCGUACUUUGAUUGACGAUGAUGGAUUUCCUCAUUAUAAGAGAAGAAAUGAUGGGAGAGUUGUGAACAAAAAUGGUGUUGAACUUGAUAAUCGUUAUGUUGUGCCCUAUAAUGCACACCUUCUUUUAAAGUACCAGGCUCAUAUCAACGUUGAAUAUACUUGCCAGAGAAGUGCCAUUAAAUAUCUUUUUAAUAACAUCCACAAAGGGAAUGACAGAGUGACAGCUGCCAUAAAUCAUUCGGACGAUGAAAUAAAAAUGUUUUAUGACUGCAGAUUGCCAUUUCACUUGCCUAAUGAAAAGAACAUUAUUUUCGGUGAUAAUGAUUCGUUGUAUGAUGUAAAGACAAGGGCGGAGUCUAGACUGUCAAUUUUUGAGUCUUGGAUGGAUGCAAAUAAAAAAUGUCCAAAAGGUAGGCAUCUAACUUAUGGAGAGUACCCGACUGAAUUUGUUUUCAAAGAAAAAACGCAUGAAUGGAAUCCGAGAAAAAAAAGAUUUUCCAUUGGAAGGAUAAAUCGUUUUUCUGCCAAUAAUGGAGAAGAUUCAUAUCUUCGCACCUUGCUUAAUUUUCAAAGAGGUUGCACGAGUUAUGAAGAUCUUAGAACGAUCAAUGGCGUGGUUUUUCCUACAUUUAAGGAUGCGUGCUAUUCUUUAGGACUUCUGGAUGAUGACAAUGAGUACAUUGAUGCAAUUAAGGAGGCAAGUACCUGGGGAUCUGCUGCUUAUCUUAGAUGUCUGUUUGAUCUGUUGUUAUUUGCCAACUCAAUGAACAGACCUGAAAAAGUUUGGGAAGAGUGUUGGAAAUUUUUAUCCGACGACGUUGUUUAUCGGCAUAGGAAAAGAAUAGGACAUCAAGAUGCAAUUCUUACAGAAGAGUCUAUAAAAAACAUAACUCUUGAAGAAAUUGAUAAGGUACUGCAGAGCAAUGGAAAAUGUCUCUCUGAUUAUCCGUCAAUGCCACGCAUCAAUAGUGAAACUUUGCUUGAUAUGCAAAAUCGAUUAGUGUUGGAUGAAUUAAUGUAUGACAGAUUUGCUUUGGAAGAGGAGCAUAAAAGACUAAUUAAUUCCCUCACUGAUGAGCAGAAAGCUAUUUAUGAUAAGAUUGUUUCAGCAGUUACGGCAGGUAAUGGAGGGUUAUUUUUCCUAUACGGGUUCGGUGGUACAGGAAAAACAUUUAUUUGGAAUACUCUUUCAGCAUCUAUUAGAUCAAAAGCUGGAAUCGUACUUAAUGUUGCUUCUAGCGGAAUUGCUUCCCUUCUGCUUCCUGGAGGACAAACAACGCAUUCUAGAUUUCGUAUUCCUAUUCAAAUCAAUGAAGAUUCAACGUGUAAUAUAAGGCCGAAAUAUACUAUAGCUGAGUUGCUGUCAAAAACAAAGUUAAUCAUUUGGGAUGAAGCUCCAAUGGUACAUAGAUUUUGCUUUGAGGCUCUGGAUAGGACACUGAGAGAUGUUCUUAGAAUUUCUGAUACAAGCUGUGUUGAUAUGCCAUUUAGUGGAAAAGUUGUUGUUCUAGGAGGUGACUUUCGACAAAUAUUACCUGUCAUUCCUCAUGGCAGCAGACAAGAUAUAGUUCAUGCAACCAUCAAUUCUUCUCAUCUAUGGUCCCAUUGUCAUUUAUUAACUUUGACCAAGAACAUGCGUCUUAAUUCUGGAAGUAGCGCUCACAAUUUAGAGGAAAUAAAAGAAUUUUCUAAGUGGCUACUUAAAGUUGGGGAUGGUAAUCUUGGUGAUGAUGUUGACGGAGAAUCUAUUAUAACAAUUCCAGAUGAAUUGUUGAUUAGAGAAUCGGAAGAUCCGCUGUCGGAUAUGGUUAAUUCUUUUUAUCCGAAUCUCUUGGAUAAUAUUUUGGAUCAGACCUUCUUUAAAGAACGUGCUAUUCUAACUCCUAAAUUGUCCGAUGUUGCUAUGCUAAACGAGCACCUAAUGUCUAUGAUUCCUGGUGAAGAAAGGACUUUUUUGAGUUCGGAUAAAAUUCUUAAGCAAGGUGGGACUUCCUCUGUUGAGGAUGAUGAAAUCACCCCUAAGAUCUUAAAUACAUUAUCAUGCUCAGGGAUUCCUGAUAAUAAAUUAAUCUUGAAAGUUAAAGUUCCAGUAAUGCUAUUAAGAAAUAUUGAUCAAUCGAGAGCCUUUUGA